AGAGCACUGUUUGGGAUGGGAUGGCAAUAAUCCUAGCAGCGAAGGGGAGACACGGUAAAAGCAGAAAAAAACCAUAAUGGAUUCACGUCUUGAUGGCCUAAGGUAUGUUCAGCGAGAGUGUGAUGGUCAUCUUCAUCUCAGUGAAGGCAGAACAGGAAAGAUAAGAAAUUCUCAGAAUAUUCAAGAAGGUUCUUAUGGUGUUAGCAUCAGAGUUCAAGGAAUAGAUGGACAUCCAUAUAUUGUUUUAAAUAAUAAAGAAGGACACUUAACACACAACGUUUCUGGUUCCGACCUGGAUUCCCAGUCACUAAACAGAUCAUCAUUACUUACUUCCAACAACCACCAAACGUCUGUGAGGAACAUUAAUGAAGAGUUAUCUUUUCCCGAAAACCCAUAUGAGUCUUCAUUUAAAUCAACAAAAAAAUUGCAGUAUUCAGGCUCUGUGAGUAGUAAACCUGAACGCAAGGAAGAAAACUCAAAUACAACAAGUUUGUUGAAUUUUCAAAGGCACCCUGAACUCUUGAAACCAUAUAACCCAGGAGAAAGCAGCCAGUCAUCUACAAUCAAUCAAAGCAUACACUCUACGGAUGAAGUACUUAAGAAAGACCCAAGUAAUUUAGUUUCAUUCUAUAAAUGGCAGUCCACUAAACAUUCGAGCAUAAACUCUACAGAUUCACUAAAAUUUCCAAGCAGAGGGGUAUUUUUAAACUCCUCGACUAAGCAGGAGGACCAAAACAGGAGCCCAACUGACAAUACAAAUAUUAUAAGCAGUCCAAGUGAAAACAUAACCUCGGAGUCUUUUUCAUCCAGUAGUGGAUCCCCAUACAGCAACAGUUCAGCUGCCCCUGUUGAGCCUAGAAAGACAAAACCAGAUGUCCUUCAGUUCAAAAGACAAGAUUCUGCAGGACCCAUACCUGAGGGGUUCAGAUCACGUAGAUCAUCCUGUUCCUCAACAACUGCAACCUCUUCUCAGUCUUUGCAAAAGUUUUUCCUGGAUGAGCAAGAGGAUGCUCUCUAUGCAGAUAACGUGAACCGCCAUGAAAACAGAAGAUACAUUCCUUUUGUACCUGGGACAGGUAGAGAUAUUGAUACUGGCUGCAUUCCGGCAGUGGAUGAGCUGAUAGAAAAAUUUGAUGCGAGUGUCCCCACGCAAAGAAGAGGCCGAUCUGCCAGAAGGAAUAGAAUAAAUCCUGAAGAUCGUAAAAGAGCGAGAAGUGUUGACAGUGCGUUUCCUUUUGGUCUGCAAGAGAAUUCCGAUUACUUGGAUGAGUUUAGUAGAAAUUUAGGGAAAUCGAAUGAACAUUUAUUGCGACCAUCUCAGAUUUGCUUACAGAAAUCACGUACACAAAAUUAUAAACUUCCUCUUAAGAGGCAGAAUACCACAGGAAAUCUUGGCACUGUGCAGUCUCCACCAGACUGUGUCCAGAAGAAGACCUAUGGGUCUUUACAAUAUAAGAAAGAAAAAAACAAUAGUAAUAGUUCUCCACUGGAUGAAACGGAUAGUUCAGUGCUUUUAUCCACAUUGCCAAACAGAAGUAAAGGGAGUCUUGACACUAAGUCAUCUAGCUCUUCCCUGAUGCUACAAAACUGCAAAUCAGAAGGAGAAACGAGGAAGGUUUCCCUCAAGAUGCAAUCUUCAACCCAAAGAGCACAGGCAACACCAGACCUCUUGAAAGGCCAACGACAACUUGCUCAGCAAACAAAUGAGGAAACGGCAAAACAGAUUCUUUUUAAUUACUUGAAAGAAGGGAGUCCGGAUAACGAUGAUGCAACGAAACGAAAAGUCAAUCUGGUUUUUGAAAAAAUACAGACCUUAAAAUCAAGAGCCUCUAGCACAGUGCAGGCUUCUGAUCCUGCUGCAGAAAUUAAAACAUUAUCUGAACAAAAAAAUGAACUGGAACAGAAGGUUUCUUCUCUACAGAAACAACUUGAUGAGCAAAUGAAGAAACAGGAAAACAACAAAGAAGAAAGUUCAAAAACCAAAGCAAAUAUGCAAGACAUUCAAGAGCAACUUGAAAAAAGCAUGGAAGAAAAUCUUGCUCUCAGAGGGAGACUGGGAGAGAGUGAGAGAGAAUUAAGAAAGCAUCUUGAAGAAUUGUUUGAGCUGAAAAUGGAGCAAGAACAGUACCAGACAGAGAUAAGGGAUCUGCAAGAACAGCUGUCUGAAAUGCAUGAUGAAUUGGAUAACGCUAAGAGCUGUGUGGUUGAUGGAGAAAGAGAAGCAUUAAUAGAGGAGCUGAUGCAGUUAAAGCAAGGCGUUCAAGAGCUACUAAUGGAAAAAGAAGAACAAGAGGACCUAUUAAAAAAACGAGAACGCGAACUUACAGCUUUAAAGGGAGCACUGAAAGAAGAGGUGUCCACCCAUGACCAAGAAAUUGAUCGACUCAAAGAGCAAUAUGAUAAAGACCUAAAGAAGGUGCAGUACCGUCUGGAAGAUGCACUUAAAAAUACAAAUGAUUUAACUAUUCAGAACAAUGAAGCUAAUCAACUGAAAACCGCAUGUGAAAACCAAGUGAAGGGAUUGUUACAGGAGAAUGAAGAGCUGAGAAGGAAAAUACAUCAGCUUGAGGCCAAGAUAUCAGAGCUUCAUCAGGAAAUUAAUGACUUAAGUGAAGAGGGUGACAAAUUUAAAGAGAAGAUGAAGAAAGCAGAGAAAGAAAAGCAGCAUUUGGCAGAAGCCCUAGAAAAAGCCAAUGAACGGGUGAAGGAGACAUUACAGGCUUCCAGAAAACUAGAAAAUCAACUUGAAGAUAUGAAGAGAAACCUCAAUAGGGUCACUCAUGAACAUCACCAGUUAACGGAAAGAUUAAAAGAUGAGUCAAGCCAGAAGGAGCAAUUAAGAAAUUUGAAGAAUGAAAUGGAAAAUGAACGAUGGCAGCUGGACAAGACCAUUGAAAAACUACAAAAGGAGAUUUCAGAACAUGUUGAGUUUUCACGUAUGUCCACAGUGGAUCUUCAGAAGCAAUUUGAUGAAUACAAAGAAAAGCAUCGUAGGGAAAUAUCUGAAAUGCAAAGACAGUUAAACGACAAAACCAUUGAAGUUGAAAAGUCUUCUCAAAUCGUUAAAAAACUACAAAAUGAGAAUCGACAUUUGGAAGAAAAUUUGCAAGACCACCAAAGAGCCCACGAUGAGGCGUUGACCAAGAACCAUCUUCUCCAACAGACAAUUAAAGAUCUUCAAUAUGAGUUGGAUGCCAAAACUCACAUUAAAGAUGAUCGCAUAAGGCAGAUUAAAACGAUGGAGGACAAGAUGUCACAGUUAGAAAUGGAGCUUGAUGAAGAAAAGAAUAAUUCAGACCUACUGCUAGAGAGGAUAACCAGGUGCAGAGAGCAGAUUGACCAAAUGAGAGGAGAAUUACUUCAAGAAAGAGGCGCAAAGCAAGACCUGGAGUGUGAUAAAAUGUCGUUGGAAAGACAGAACAAAGAUCUGAAGAGCAGAAUAGCUCAUCUUGAAAAUUCACAUAGAUCAAAUAAAGAAGGGCUUGUCUCUCAGAUGGAAGCAAGAAUAGCAGAGUUGGAAGAACGCCUGGAAAAUGAAGAAAGGGAUCGGGCAAAUCUCCAACUCAGCAACCGCAGGCUGGAGAGAAAAGUGAAGGAGUUAAUGAUGCAGGUUGAUGAUGAACAUCUCACUUUAACAGAUCAAAAAGAUCAGUUAAGUCUGCGCUUGAAAUCAAUGAAGAGGCAAGUUGAAGAAGCAGAAGAGGAAAUAGACAGAUUGGAAAGUUCCAAAAAGAAGCUUCAACGAGAUUUGGAAGAGCAAAUUGACACUAAUGACCAACUGCAAACUCAAUUGAAUGCUGCAAGGAAGGAGCUGAGCAGACGCAAGAGCUCCCCAAGCAAAAUGUUGAACGACCUUGACGAUGAUGACGACGAUGUUAGCACUGAUGGAGAUAGCCUUUACGACGCCCCCUCUGUAUAUAAAUUUACUAGAGAUGAUGUCUAAACCGCGUAACCUCAUGUUUUUGUAUAAAAAGUGAAAAAUGUGGGAAUUUUAUCUUUUACGGAGCUGAAAGCCAAAUGGCUAUACGCCAACAAGAGCAAGCAAUAUGACAACUGCUCUGCGAAUAACUGGAAAUAAAGUUUCUGCAGUAUGGCGAUUUUAAGAA